GGGUCCGGAUCCCACUGUGCCGUCGCCUCUUCCUUUUUCGACGCCUCCGCCGUCGCUUGAGGAGGCGAGCAAGCCGGGAGUUACACCGCCAACGCCAGGAUGGAUAGAAUGACAGAAGAUGCUCUUCGCCUGAAUUUGCUAAAGAGGAGUUUGGACCCAGCAGAUGAGCGAGAUGAUGUCCUAGCAAAGCGACUCAAAAUGGAGGGGCAUGAAGCCAUGGAACGUCUGAAAAUGUUGGCACUGCUCAAGAGAAAGGAUUUGGCAAAUCUUGAGGUGCCACAUGAGUUACCCACCAAACAGGAUGGCAGUGGUAUCAAGGGCUAUGAAGAAAAACUCAAUGGGAAUCUCAGGCCUCAUGGAGACAAUAGGACUGCUGGAAGGCCAGGCAAAGAAAACAUCAUUGAUGAGCCUGUGGAUAUGAGUGCUCGCCGGAGGUAUGGCUCAAUUCAGCUGCCUCUAGGGAUAGGGUCUUCUCAUAAACUAAAGCUGGGGAAAGGCAUUGAGGAACGGCAGCAGCUCAUCAAGCAACUGAGGGAUGAGCUACGAUUGGAAGAAGCCCGACUGGUGCUGUUAAAGAAACUGAGACAGAGUCAGCUACAGAAAGAGAAUGUGGUCCAGAAGGUAAAACACCCUAAAAAUAAGGAACUGGGGGGAAGGAAAGAAAAACUGGGUCACAGUGUCAUCCGUUCAGCAACCAAUACCACCCUCCCUCACAUGUUGAUGUCUCAACGCGUUAUUGCACCAAACCCAGCCCAGCUACAGGGUCAGCGGGGCCCACCUAAGCCUGGCCUUGUACGUACCACAACACCCAACAUGAAUCCUGCCAUUAAUUACCAACCGCAGUCAAGUUCUUCUGUUCCCUGUCAGCGCACAACAUCCUCUGCCAUCUAUAUGAACCUUGCUUCUCAUAUCCAGCCAGGGACCGUGAACAGAGUGUCAUCACCACUUCCUAGUCCUAGCGCCAUGACCGAUGCUGCCAACUCACAGGCUGCAGCCAAAUUGGCUCUUCGCAAACAGCUGGAAAAGACACUCCUAGAGAUCCCGCCCCCUAAACCUCCUGCUCCCUUGCUUCACUUUCUGCCUAGUGCAGCAAAUAGCGAAUUCAUCUACAUGGUAGGCUUGGAAGAAGUCGUGCAGAGUGUCAUUGACAGCCAAGGCAAAAGCUGUGCCUCACUUCUGCGGGUCGAACCCUUUGUAUGUGCCCAGUGUCGCACAGACUUCACCCCUCACUGGAAGCAAGAAAAGAAUGGUAAGAUUCUGUGUGAACAGUGUAUGACCUCCAACCAGAAGAAGGCUCUAAAAGCUGAACACACCAACCGGCUGAAAAAUGCUUUUGUUAAAGCCCUACAGCAGGAACAGGAAAUUGAACAGCGACUACAGCAGCAGGCAGCCCUCUCCCCCACCACGGCUCCAGCUGUGUCCAGUGUCAGUAAACAAGAGAACAUCAUGAGACAUCAUACACUUCGGCAGGCUCCACAGCCCCAGAGCAGUCUCCAGCGUGGCAUACCCACAUCUGCUCGCUCCAUGCUUUCAAACUUCGCACAGGCACCCCAACUGUCUGUGCCAGGUGGCCUCCUUGGUAUGCCAGGUGUCAACAUUGCAUACUUGAAUACUGGCAUCGGAGGACACAAAGCCCCCAGUUUGGCAGACCGACAGCGUGAAUACCUUUUAGACAUGAUCCCUCCCCGGUCUAUAUCGCAGUCCAUUAGUGGACAGAAAUAACGCCUGUUCCACUUGUACUGCCCCAACCUUGAAUCCUUUCCCUCUUUCCUCUCCCGUUCCCCCAACUUCCAUCGCAUGCAGUGCCUGUACUGGUGCCUACCAUACACGGAAAGAAAAACAGAAGACAAAAAAAUAGAAAUCAACAAGAAAACACACGCCCUGCCCCACCACCUCCCCUUUGUCUCACACUGCUGCGAUCUGUUCUUCUGCCACUCUCUCUUCUCUCUUCAAUUUUAACAGUGAGGUGGAUCUCUACCUCUGAUAGAGGUCAGAAUGAGGUCCUGGGGAGAAUCUAAGCCCUCCAAUGUGUGUUUCUAAAGUUUGUUUUAUUCUAGAAUUACUGUCAUUUUUAAUAAUGUUAUGUGUCUUCCCUUUGUUCAGUGAAUGGUUAAACCUUCCUUCUGCCCCAGUCUUUUUCUUUUCUUUGCUUUCUUCCUUCUUCCCCUGAUAAACACAGAUGAUAUUCAGUUCAAUGAUAAGAGCAUUGCAGAUUGCAGUAGGGACCCCAACUGCCAAGUGGAACAUGACUGGGAGUAUUAGGGGCAGAUGUUUCAAAUUCACUUAACGGGGGGUGGGGGGGGUAGCAUCACAUAAGGAGGAACAGCACUGCAACUGCAGGUGUUCUGGAAAGUUUGGGAGGCAGUGUUUAGUAUCAAAGUUGGGCUCUAAGAAUGAAGGGAAAGAGCCUGGAGGGAGAAGCUUUAAAACUCAACCACCCUGGAAUUUACCCAUGGAGGAAGGCAAGAUGAUGAUGAGCAGAAUGGUGAGCCAGGGAAGACAGACCAGGUUCUGCCUUCUAGAUGUGGGGGGAGGGAGUAAGAUUGGUCUCUUGACCCCCAUGGGGACACAGGAGUCUAUUCCAGGCCAACUUAGCUUGAAAUUAUUUUAUUUUCUUUGUAAAGUUCUUCCUCACCCUAUCCCCUUUUUUACCCCCUUUUAAAAAUUCUAAUCUAUCCCCUCUAGUCAUAGCCCCAUCUAUAGUAUAGAGGAAUGGCUGUUCCCAGGCUGUUUGCCAGGUACCUAAAAGUUAGAAUAGGCAUGAAUAGAAGAAGGGAUUUCUCUCCCAACAAUUGAGAUUUUUCACAUUUGUCUUUCCCUUCAUCCUCCUCCCAGGAGUCAAGGAUAAAGCACUUAAUCAGCUUGGAGUCCUGCCCCAAUUCUGCUGCACUGAACACAGAACCAGCUGUGCAAAACUAGACAGCUCGUGUCACAACCAGCUUAGGACCUCUGCUAUACAAGCAGUUGUCAUUUCCACCACCACCACCACCCCAGAAUUCUAUUAAUUUUGCUUUUUCUUUUCUUUUUUUAGUGCUACUAAUGCAGAGAAUGAAUUGAAUUGUGCAAUGUUGCAGUUCUGGGGACUGGGGAGGUUAGCAUCCCAUUUGCCCACACUGGGGGGGGGAAGGGCCCAGGGCUGUUUUUGAGGUAAGGGAAAGCCCUUACAGGUGUGGGGCCUCUGCACUCCUUAGUGUACCCCACCUGCCUCUCUAGCUCUAGGAGCUGCCAGAGUACAUAGAUAUUCUCAGCAGAGAGGUAUGAGGAGUUUAGUAUUUUGCCCUUGAAAGCCACCUGAGGAAUUUUCCCCAUUUUUAUUUUUUAAAAUUAAAUAACUUUUUUUAAAGAAGGCACUUUUAAAAUUAACACACACACACAAACUGCACAUCUUCCCUAUAAAAUUUAGGGGUGGGAGAAGGAGCUAAAAUCAGGCUCAGUUCCCCCAUUCCAGCCCUACUCCUUACACCCCCACGCCACUGUGGGUGAUUAUACUGGCCCUACGGGCCUUCCUGGCUUUUUUUUUCCCUUCCUUCCUUUUCUGAAGUUCAUUGAGCACUUAAUAAAGGAGCAGAGAUACAGCCAGUGUCUGGGCUCCCCCAGUGGCGAAAUUAUCUGGAAGAUAGAUGCUAGUCACAGGUAGUGAUCGGGUCUUUUCAAGUAUUUUUCUGGGGAAUGUGGUACCCCUGACUGUAAGUGGUGGGAGAGGGGAGGGGGGGUUA